CAACUCACCAUGACCGCAACAACCUAUACAGUUUUCGCACAAGGCCACUCAAAGGGCUGGGAUAUCUUCGAAGGGUGCUUGGAUCAUUACCAGCAGGCAUCCAAGUUCGGACAGCCUACAUAUACAGUUAGUGCCAGUCCUCUCGCAUUGGUUCUGAACAAACUCGAUAUGAGCGAGGCAGACGCUGAGACAAUUGCCCCUGGGCUUACCAAUCAGGCCCCUGUGCCCGAAGUCGUUGCUAUAACUGAAAAGUUAGCUGCUCGAAAGGCAAAAAUUACUGGGCUUACUGUCGACUACAGAGCCAUUAUGCGGAAGAGCUGUCAAGCUUGGAAGUUUGUCGACGUGAACAACAUCAAAUACAAAUGGUACCUCGUCGACACAAAGAGGCACUGGGGGCUGGAGAGCAGCAAGGGCGUCACUGUUGCUACAUUUGACAGUAACCUGUUUGAGGGACAAGAGCCGGGGUAUAUAACGCUUCACAACAGCUUUGAUGAAGAUAUGCGUAGCCUGGUAUUUUUGUCGUGGGCGCUGGCAGCGAAGACGCUAUUCCGGCGACGCCUCACCACAAGCGCAUGCUCGGCGCCGAGCAUCACUGUCUACUCGGACAUCAAGGAGCGGUGACACGGAGCACAGAUAGUUUCUGAUUUAUUCUACCUGGUCAGCUGAUUCAGGCCAGUACUUGUAUCCUUAGAAAAGUUCCAAUAGCAAUGCAUUAUCCGUA